AUGAAACGUGCUCACAUAUCCUUGAAAGUCAUUGUACUCCACUUUUCCAGACAAAUAGCGCGACAUCUAAUUAUGGAUGGCGAGUCCGUUGGAUUCCUGCCAGAGCGUAUUUUCGGUGGUUUCAUAUUAUUUACAGCGACGGCGACUAUUAUAAUGCAACUGAUCUUCAUGGCUGUGAUUUCGAAAAAAUGUGGUUUUGGAUCUGAUUUCGCAUUCACAUUGAUGUGUCUGAUCAGCAUGAUGGAUUGUAUACAGUUGCUGAACAACGGCAUGAGGCAGAGCGGAAUGUUUGUUUCAAUUCCAAUAAUGGGUGCGUUUAUGGGAUCAUCAUGGAUAUUAAUGGCAUUUACAAUUGUAUUUCUUGCAUUUCACCGCUUCAUAUUUACCUUGCGGCCGCUAACAGCAAAAUACAUUCUAUCACCUCGACUUUUGAAGCUCUCCCCGUUUUCCGCAGUCACAUUCAAUGAAAAAGAUUUCUGGUUCUAUGAUGCAGGCUAUCCAUAUAGCUGGAUUUCCGAUCAACUGGAUACUGUCAGUAAUUACAGUACGGUAUUUCUGAGUACUAUCCUUUACACUGCUUCUUUCACAAUUCUAUUUUGUAAACGUCCAAUGCUUCGUACCAGCUCGGAAUUUCGAAUUACACUACUCGUGUUUCCAUUCUGCGCCUAUCAAGUGCUGUGCUUUUUGGUAUCGGAGUUUGUUCUUCCUAUAUUUCCUCGAAGCUUCUACACCAACUGCGUCGAAAUGGUACUAUGGGUGUUCUGGAAUGGCGCCGGGACUAUGACUUAUAUCAUAUUUUGUCGGUCAUUUCGAAGUGAAUUAAAGCAAAUGGUGUGCAAGAUCUUGCUGAAAAUGCUGAACGAGCAACACCGGUAUGCUAGCACUAAGCUCGGUCCGACUGCAGCCAUGAAUGUUGCUCACAGCUCCCGAGAUGUCUACACGAGAACUUGA